AUGAAUGUUGUUGCUUCCACUUCUUCGAAUCCCCCAAAAGAAAAUCCUUUCCCGUUUCAAUGUCCUACCCUUACCUCUUCAAACUACCCAACAUGGGCGAUCAAGAUGGAGGCCAUUAUGGAUGCCCAAGGGUUAUGGGAAUCCAUAGAACCACAAGCCGGUGUGGUUGUGGAUGAGAAAAAGAGCAAGACGGCCCGAGCCUUCAUCUUUCAAGCAAUACCGGAGGAGAUCCUAUUGCAAGUUGCAAAAAAGAAAACAGCCAAAGAAGUGUGGGAAUCAUUGAAGACAAGGUUUGUCGGAGCAGAACGGGUUCAAAAGGCUCGCUUGCAUACUCUUAAAAGUGAGUUCGAGUCAAUGCGAAUGAAAGACGGAGAGUCCAUUGAUGAUUAUGCCGGAAAGUUAUCCGGUAUGAUCUCGAAGUACAACAGUGUGGGUGCCGUUUUAGGGGACGAAGAAUUGGUAAGGAAGUUGCUUGAUACCGUCACGGAUAAGUACAUUCAAUUGGUGGCCUCAAUGGAACAAUAUUCAGAUGUCGAAAAGAUGCCAUUCGAAGAAGCCAUAGGUCGGUUAAAAGCCUAUGAGGAUCGAUUAAAACUUCGACAAGGGAGCUCUACCGGUGAAAGUUCGUUACUCUUUACGAAGGCGGAAGGGUAUCAAACAACAGAGGGUUUAAUAAACACUGUUUCGGGCGUGGUCGUGGGCAUACAGAUGAUGACAAAGGUGGUAGAAGCGGGUCACGAGGUGGUCGUGGUUCCGGUAGAGGCCGGGGUGGUCGUAACGGAGAAUGAGAAGAAGCAAGAUCCAGAAGUACAUUUAACAAGAGAAACCGAAGACGAACCCACCUUGCUACUAUGUGUCUGUGGUGAGGAAGCCCAAAAAAUGGUCUUGUUAAAUGAGGAAAAGGUUUUUCCGAAGUUGCACGAGAGACGAAACGGGUCAAACGAAGAUAUGUGGUAUCUUGAUAAUGGAGCAAGUAAUCACAUGACGGGAAAGAAAGAUGCAUUUGCAGAAUUGAAUGAAGCUGUAACGGGUCAAGUUCGGUUCGGAGAUGGAUCAAAGGUCGAGAUUCGAGGUAAAGGUUCACUUAUGUUUAGUUGUAAAAAUGGUGAUCAAUUGCUAGUUCCCGAUGUGUAUUAUAUACCGUCAUUAACUAGCAACAUUUUGAGCCUGGUCAAUUAA